CAUAGUACGGCAAUAGCCCGUUUGCUUGGAGGACUGCUUUCAUACUUAAAUCGAUGAGCUAUGGAUUGUUACGUCGUUAACUGUUUAUUUUAUAUAAUUGGCUAUUUUGUUUUGAAAGGGUACACGACAUCGCCGACAUUGACUCUGGAUGUAACUGAUGUCUUAGUCAACAGCAAUAUAACGUUAACCUGCUCAACGUUAACAUCGCCGGUUUCUGUUUCCUGGUUCAAAACAGAGAAAGGAUCAGUAGUAGAGGAAAGGGUCAGUGCUCAAAAAUGGCUAAACGAAACACAGCCAUGCCUUACUUACAGCACUACUAUGGAGUGUAACUGCUCUUCAUCGCAGGUCUAUUCGUGUUCUAUAAAGUCGGUGAAGGCAACUGAUGACGGUCAAAGCUGGCGCUGUAAGGCUUUUGAUGGAAAUGUGCAAUAUCAAAGCAACGUUGUCACGCUCAGCUUAAUAUUACCUAUUACUUCCUUGACCAUACUGCCGGAGACGUCUGUUGCGUUCCCUGUGUUUAAUGCCGUCUCGAACUUCACAUGCAUCACGUCAUUUAGCCGGCCUCUGGCUAGUAUUCAAUGGUUCAUUGACAAAAUAAACAUAACGUCCCUUGCUAUAUAUUCGCACAAUGAUAACGUGGCAAGGAGUGACUUGCAAUAUAAACCAAACGCAAACAGUUACAGGGGUGGAAAUAUAUCCUGCGUUGCAAAUUAUGAGUUUAAAUCCAUAAGUAAAGUUCUAACAGCAAUUUUGAGCAUUCAAGUACAAUUCCCCGUUUCUAAGCCAAUAGUGACUAUCAAUAAUGUAAGUAUAUCAACAGAUUUCGCUAUCAAAGAGGACCGACUCGUUCAUUUGAAUUGUUCCUCCUAUGGAUUUCCAGAGCCUUCUUAUAACUGGACUUACCCGGGUGGACGGUCGACCGGUACUCAUUUGAAUUGUGCAUUCACUCGAAAUAACGGAAGCGUGUCAUGUAAAGCAUUUAAUGUUAUGCGAGGAUUGGAUGGCACAAAUAGCGCACAGGCUACAGAGAAGAAUAGCCAAUUAAAAAUAAACGUAUUAUAUCCACCGGCCGUCAUAACAAUGUCAUCAAUCACUGACAAGAACGUAGAAAUAAUUGAUAGCACAAUAAGAGUACAGAGAGGUGAUAACAUCAAUAUUGUCUGUACUAGUGACGCCAAUCCCCUGGCUACGGUAUUCUGGAAUGGACAACUAAGUGUUUCAUCUACAUUGACCGUCACAAGUGUACAGCAUGACGCUGUAUGGACUUGCCAAGCUACAAACUCUAUGACUGAAUUUGAUGGAGAAACAUCAACGUCUACUGUAACAAGAAACGUAUCCGCUAGCGUUUUAUUGCUCCGUCGAUAGUGUUCCGAACUCGACAUACUCCUGGGAUGCCGGAUACGAAGGGAAUAUUCUAACGAUAGUGAAUAUAACGCGAACAACGAACACAAGACACAACUGCAUGGCAAAAAAUGUUAUGGAUACAUCAUUUAAAGGAAAUUUUAUUGGCAGUAACUAUUCCUUCGCAAAUCUUGAUAUACUCUAUGGCCCUUCGACCAUAGCAUUGAUGUACAAUAACGUCACUCCAAUAGAGAAUGAAUUUAAAGUUAUUGAAGGAUGGUCGUUCAAAAUAUUAUGUUGGGCCAGCAGUAACCCAGCUCCUCGAUAUACUUGGUCUGGUCAUGUAGCACAAUAAGGUGAUGCUCUGAUAAUAAGAAAUGUGAGAAAAGACAUAGAGAGAAAUUUUACAUGUAAAGCAGAAAACACCAUGACAGAUAGUGUGGGAAAGAGUGUUGUCGGGACUACACUUGUAACCGUUUCAAUGGAAGUGUUAUACCCGCCUGAUGUUCAACGUCUCCAGAACCAAACCGUGCUACUGAACAAUUCUCUCACAGUUGUGUGCAAUUUGACUCAUGUUGGUAAUCCACCAGCCUCAAACUAUUCAUGGAUAAGGAAGGACAAUGGCAAAGUGUUGGGUACUGG